UUGCGCGCAGCGAACGAGCCUUCUCCUGUCUCACGGCAGUCAGCUGUCUUUCUUCGGUGCGACUUGCGCGUGCGAUUCUCAACUGUCACAAGCCGUCGCCCGUGUUUACGCUGUGGCAGGAUUAAACCGUCAAACAGUAAUUCUGCGAAGGAUCGUCGCUGCUUUUAUCGCCUCGAAUAGGAGGCUUAGCAUCAAUAGACGCUGAUCGAUCUGCCUGCCUCUCGCUCACACAGUAACGCAAAGCCCAGCAGGGCUUGGCUAACAAAAACACUAUUAGUCCACGUCUUAUGCCGUGACGAAGAUGACGUCAAAAAUCCUGCUGCUUAUGGCGGCUCUGGUUGGAUCAGCUGUUCCUUUUAACGGUGAAUUGGAGGAGCAAGAAUGUCCCGUUGACUGCCAUUGCCAUUAUUUUCGGAUCAACUGGGUGACGGACUGCUCCGAGAGCAACCUGACCACGAUUCCUUACAACGAGCUAAGCCCGAAUGUUUACAUUUUGGAUAUGAACGGCAACAACAUCGCUGAGAUUUCCCCUUUUCCGCACGGGAUUAAAAUGCGACGUUUGCAAAUGGCGCACAACCGCCUGACUCGUCUAACUCGCGAGUCUUUUGCCGGACUCGCUUAUCUCCUAGAUGCUGACUUCUCGUACAACAUGAUCACGACCAUUGAUCCUGAUGCCUUUGGCGACAGUCCGGGACUAAUAACGUUGGAGCUGCAGAACAAUCCUUUGGCCCGUAUCGACGGUCACUUUUUAAAGUCACGUUCUCUCCUGUACCUGGACAUAAACUCCUGCGGUAUUCAUCGUCUGAGCACCGAAUUCUUCUACAACACAACGGCACUGAACAAACUCGACCUCUCUAAUAAUCCCCUGAAGAGAAUCGAUCCGGAGCCGUUCAACCAUUUGACGAACCUGGAGUACCUGCAGCUGAACAAUUGCAACCUCUCUUUCGUCUCGCCGGAGGCGUUUGUACACCUCGAGAAUCUCCGUGAGCUUGAAAUGAGGAACAACCAGCUGGGAACGCUCUCCUGGAAGAGCGUCCUGCAUCCCAUGACGCGUCUGGAGCGUCUCGACAUCCGGAAUUCGAGCAUCGUAACGUUACCGGGUGACGCUUUCUCGGAGAAUCUUUACCUCCGUCAGCUGAACCUGGCUGACAACGAGCUGCGUCAUCUCGACGUGGGCAGUACGCUGGGUCACAAUCUGCAGAACCUGCAGUCCCUCGACUUAUCCAACUGUAACCUGAAGGACCGCCUGACCGAGGAAGCCUUCAGGAACGCGAGCAAACUACGCGUUCUCCACUUGGACGGAAAUCCGCUCUUCGCCUCCGACCUGACGGCCGUUUUAGGCCAUCUUCCAAAGCUGCAGAAACUGUCGCUGAGCAACUGCGGGCUAAAUAAAUUGCCCGAGGCCUUCCACGCUCUUCAGGAUCUUCAGGAGCUGAAGAUAUCUCAUAACCCGCUUAGCAACGCCUUCGUAAGUCUUUUGAACCCUCUCGAGUCGCUCGAGUAUCUGGACAUGUCCUACAGUAACUUGGGCUACGUCGGUAACGAGACUUUCUCCAAAAUGACUAUGCUCAAGCGACUUAUUCUCUCCGGGAACAAACUCCACACCCUCGAACAAGGCCUCUUCACAAACCUCACGCGGCUCGAGAGCCUCGAACUUAACUACUGCGACCUGAAGACGCCGAUAAACCCGAACGUCUUCGGGGAUCAUCCAUACACCAGUAUCGUGGAGCUGAAGCUAAGUGGAAAUCCUCUCGUAGUCCCGGAGAGCCAACCGCUGCUACCCAGGCAGUUGUCACGUUUGGAAACACUCGAUCUAAGCAAUUGUAACAUAACGAGUUUCUCCAUUGACUCGUUCCUCAACUCGCGGAAUCUGACGCGUCUCAAUUUGUCUGGGAACAGGUUGUCCUCCAAGGAGAGUCUCGAGUUUCUGAAGAAGCUUCAUCUUCUCGAGUGGCUCGAUCUCAGCAGCAACAACUUCACUUCGAUUCACCCGCGUGUUUUCAGGCUCAAUCCCCGACUCAGGCAUCUAAACCUGAUCGGUAAUCCGUUCAAAUGCGAUUGCGACGUUGUCGAAAUGUGGACUUGGGCUAAUCGCGUCAAAAACGAUCUUCACAUACUCGCUGGCAGUCAGCCAGCCGAGUUUUCUGCCGGUUCUGCAAAAUUCAAGAAGAUCCUGACGUGCGCCUACGACGAGGAUAUCUUCAGGAGUAUGCUGGAUCAGAACCGUGAGGCGACUGCCGAUAGACGGAAUUUCAUGAGGAAAAGCGAUUUCACGCCUCACAGAACUUGGGCUAAAUACGUCAAGGAGUCAAGCUGCGCAAAGUCAUGACUUUUGGACUCCGGUUUUCAACAUCCGGUCGUACAAGCUCAUCGGAGAAAACCCGUAGAUCGGGAAUUAUGAGCUAAUAAAACGUUGCUAUGGUUGUUGGACGGCUUGAUUUAAGGAGGUAGAUGCGAAUGGACGGCGAAAAAGUAGGUGACUUUCGAAAAGUUAACGCUUGACAACCGAUUAUGCAAUUGAAUUGGAGUUUAUUUUAUUCAAAGGUACCUAUCUGGAUCGAGUUUCAUUCGAUAUAUUUUUUAUUACAAUCAAUUCACAGGAAGCAUUAUUGUCGAGAAUAACGACAAAUAUUAGGCUCGAUGACAUUUUUCGCCGUGUUCACGAUAUCUCAAAAACGGCUCAGCCGAUUUACCUAAAAUUUGGAGACGAUAUUCUUAGUCAAUUGAAUCUUAUCGCCACGAUCCAACAUUUCUAAAAAAUAUUACCAACAAAAUGGC